AAUUCAUAUUGAUAAACCCUGUAUAAAUAGGACGUCGCUCAAUUUCUCCAUAACAUCUACUACAAACUCCUUCAGAGGCUAGCUACUCGGUUUUAUUCUCGAGUAAAAUGGAGAAUUCUGUGGUGAAAACUCAACAUGAAACCAACUUGGCUGCCAGAAAAGCUGAAGAAGCAGCCUUGAGAAGGUACCAAGCUACUGAAUGGCUAGACAGCCUAGUUGGGCCUCUUGGCAUAACAAAGCAGCCCUCUGAGAAAGAAUUCAUAUCUUGUUUGAGAACUGGUUUGGUCCUGUGCAAUGCAAUCAACAAGACUCAGCCAGGAUCAGUCCAAAAGGUUGUGGAGACGCAAUUGCCAUCUGGAUUGCCUUCUUCGGAUUCACAGCCAUUGCCAGCUUUUCAGUACUUUGAAAAUGUCAAGAACUUUUUGGUAGCAGCACAAGAGUUGAAGUUAACCACUUUUGAAGCACCUAUUCUUGAAAGGGACAAUUUGGAGGCUGGAGCAUCAACUAAAGUAGUUGAUUGCAUUCUAGAGCUUAAAGCUUUGCAUGACUGGAAGCAGAUGAAUGGAGGAAAUGGAUUUAAUAAGCCUCCAAGGACCCCAUUUACAAUUCAUUCUGUAGGUAAGAUGCAUUCACAAGUUUCUGAGGAAACUUCUUUGGACCGAGCUCAUAGGAGACUGGAAAUGACCGCAAGCUGCAAUAUAGAAACACCUGCUGAGAGUGAAACCCAUAAUCUUGAAGAGUUAAUUGUAGGGACUCUUGCUCAGUGUAUGGUGGAUAAGAAGGAAAACAUUGAUGCUAACUUUCUUACAUCCAUCCGCAGUAGAAAUCCGGAUACACUCAAUUCUUUAUGCAAGAGUAUGUCAAGCUGUUUACAAGAACAAGGACAGAAAAUGCUACCUAAGGUGAAACCAACCCUAAAGGAUCUUUUAAGAGAAGAAGGUGAUUCCAUCACACAAUUGAGAACAAAAGUAACAGAAAGUUCAAUUGUUGGCGACAAGAAGUGUCGCGGAGCUUGCUCAGGUAAAGGUUACCGUAACCAUGAAAAGCUUCUCAAGAUGCAAGAAAAUGAACUUUCAAAACUUAAGUCAUUGCUCUCAAGAACAAAGACAGAGUUUGGAGACUUGCAGUCUCAGUUGCAAACAGACAUGAAACUGCUGGAGAGUCAGGUGCAGGAGAUGUCUACGGCAGCCCUUGGUUACUAUAAGGUUGUUAAAGAGAACAAGAACUUGCAUAACAAGGUGCAGGUUCUAAAAGGAGGUCUUGAAAAAACCAUAAAGGUUGUUGAUGUUAGUUCAGAAGAGGCGGAACUUCUAAAAGAGCUUGAGAGACUCAAAACGGCAUUGUCUAACAAGGAACUUCAGAGUUCAGAAUUGAGUGGUCUCAAGGAAAUCAAAUCACCUUCAGAUAAGUCAAAAUCAGUGACCAAUGAAACUUCAAAACGGGCUCGAAGGCUAAGCGCUGAAACUUUCGGCAUAGACAGAAGAGAGAAACCUCAGGGGAAUAAACCCAAUGAAAUAAAAAUGUUACGUAGUCCUUCUGUUGUGACGACUCCACCAAGGUUGAGCCUAGGAAACCACUCCACCCAGAAGGUGGAAAAAUCAUCAAGUGUCCGAAGAUUAAGCAUUGAGAACCACCCCACUGAGAAGGUGGGAAAAUUAUCAAGUGUCCGAAGAUUAAGCAUAGAGAACCACCCCACUGAGAAGUUGGGAAAAUUAUCAAGCGUCCGAAGGUUAAGCACCGGAACUUCCAUUGCAGGUAAUUUAGGGAAAGCACGGGAACCUAAAGGAGCAAAGUAUAUGUUUGAGAAAGCUGAGGCAAUUCAGAAGAGAAAUACCCAUCAAUCCCGAAGGUUAAGCAGUGAAACUGGAAAUAAUGCAAAGACAGCAUAUCUGGAAGACCAAAAAGUGCUCAAGACUCCUGUACAAAAUCGAAUUAAAAGACUAAGUUUGGAAGGUCCGCGAUAUGAAAACAAAGACUUCUUGAAUACACAAAGGCCUGCUCUGCCGCAGGCUGCAAUUUCUGGUUCAAAGCCAAAAGCAGGUGAUUUUAGACGUGAGGUACCUCAUCAAAUGGCUUCUAAGCGUCCUGUUUCUGAUUGUCAAGUGGUAAGACUUGAAAAGGACAAUUAUUCGAGAAGUCAGCUGAUUGAAUCAUCGGAGUCGCAGACAGCUAGUGGGAAAGCUACUACAAAUGGAAAAAAAUCUCAGAUACAGAAAUCACUUUGCGCCAUUGGGAAAUUGAUUAAUGGUUCUGAGAAAAGGACGCCUGAUAUGAAGUUGCCAGAUCCAUGCGAUGGGAGGAAGUUGAGAAGACAGACGCUGGCUGGGAAUUGGUCCCCAGUCAAGUCGAGUACACCCUCAUUUGGAGUCAAAUCAAGUGGCAAUCGUUUAUCACGUGCCAUUACACCACCUCCAGUCCGUCCUUCUGACAAGUCUCCAAGACGCUGGCAUUAGAUAUUUUAACUGGGCAAAUGAAAAGGGCUUAAUACUGACAUGUGCUGAUACUUGAGAUGGGAAACAAUAGUGUUCAAUUCUCCCAUUGCUUGUGCUAGGUAUCUUCAUUGUCAAACUUUAACUAGCCUAAGUAGCCGUAGUCAGGAUGAUCAAAUAGCUUCUGCUUUUUAAAACUAGAAAGUUGAUGAGAUGUCAAUUUCCAGAGUUUUGGUUUAUUAAAAUUUGAGCACUUGAGAAUCCAGUUAUAUUUGAUGAAUGUUGGUUUCCGUUUAUCAUUGUGGCAGGAUUGAUAAAAUUUUCUAUG